AUGAACGAUAGCAAAUCGGACACGCGAAGCUUCAACGUUGGAGAACAAGCAUUUGCCAAGUCUUCUCUAUUCGCAUCACCAGCACCGAAGGUAAAAAAUAUACUUUAACGCUCCUUAUUUUCUUUCAGAAGAAGCAAGUAUGUCUUGGAGGACAAAAAAAAGAAGUUACUAUCAGCAGAAAGCCACCGCCUAGUCCUUUCGUUUUACGACGUAUGUUUCCUAUUUUCGCUGGAAGUACAGUGACUUUUCUUUUUAAGAAAAAUAGGUUAGUCACUAUCAUGCUAGUCCAGGUUAAUUGAGUCGUGAUAACCAUUGGGUAAAAAAUCUGAUUGUGGAGCGCUUCAUAUCUGUAAACUUCCAAUACUCUAGAGCGGAAAAAAUGCGCUGAUAUCAAAUUUUUGUGCGAGCGAUUUUUUUAAUUCAUUAUAUUAUCAGAACCUCAAAGCCCUACAUCGAAAAUUUGUUUUUGUGCGUGUUUUUUAAAAUUCUCUAUACUUUUUUAUCAUACGGUAUGCGUAAAAUAUGAUCCAAUUUCCUUACUGCGUUUUUAGUUCUGCACUGGACCUUUGUUUUUUUUUUAAGCUGUUGUUGAAUUUAUUUUUCAAAAUAGAAAAAUCACCUUCAGGUGCUUCUUCAAAUGCUUCAAAAUCGGAAAUCGUAAAGCCGCAAACAAGUUCCGAGACUGCUCCAUGUUCACAGAAGGAGAACGUGGAAUUGGCCAAAGAAAACGUCUCGGAAAGCGCGACGUUCAUAAUCGAAAAGUCGAUGGCGGCUGAGCCAAUUCUUCCGCAGGCAUCAACAGAAGGUGAAGAAGAAAGGAUGGAAGUGGACGAAGAAGUCGCGCCACAACCGUUGAAAGAAGCGGAGGUUUCCGUGGAUCAGACACUGACUCCUCGCAGGCCAAGGAGACCUUCCAAAGGCCGACGAUCUUCGAUUCUGGUGCCACGGCUUGAAGAAUCCAUUGUUGCCGAUUCCAACGGCCGAGAAACGACUAAUACAAAGGUUUUUGAGCUUCUGACUAAAAAGUUAAGGAGAGCCGAAAAUGGAAAGUUCUUAGGUAUUCCUAGGUCGUCAAUUAUAGUGAUCGGUGGUUUGACGGCGAAAUAUCUAGUACCAAUAGUCAAUAUUUGCUAUCACGUUCAGAUUUUCUCGCUCUAUUUGAGGGUGUUGAGAGCAUCAAAAAAAAGUUAUUGAAUGCGCAGUUUUUUUUUUAAAUUAAUUUGGUCACUUCGCUUUAAAACGUUGCCUGUGAAUUUUAAAUACUUCAGCGAGAAAUCACGUGAAUACCCUAGUUAUUUUUUGAGCUGUGACUCUUCAUAACUAUUCAAUCCAUUAAUUUUACUUCUUUUGAAUUAAUUUUGCCCAAAUAGAAAUCACCGGCAGAAAAGGCAAAUUUGCCUUUUUGCAAAAUAGCGAGAAUUUCGGAGAGUCGGAGAUUAUUCUAACUUUGGCAAAAUAUUUUAAACGCGGAGCUAAUUUUGGAGUACCACGAGAAGUAAGGGCAUGAGUUUGGAAGAACAGUGACACGUAGGUUUUCUCUUGAUUUUCAUUUCCAUUUCUCUUGGGUGGUCGGGUCUAAGCUUCUCCAUAGUUUCUUUCGGUUUGUUUUUACAUGUCUAUAAAUAUGAAUCGUGAAUCGAAACUCAGUCUGUCCAGCACUAUUCGAAGAAGGCUCCAGGAUAAAAAAAAAAUGAAUUUUAACGUCAGGAAAACAAGUCAAAAACUCAAAUAACUUCUGCCUUCGUUUCAGAAAGACGAAUACGCCACAUUGUUGAGCGACUCAGUAAUGAAGGAGCCAGAUGACCCAAUAAGCAAUAUUAUUUCUUACAAAAAACGGCUCAAUGCUUACGAGAAAAGUCUCGAGGAAGAGAAAAUUUCGUGGGACCACCUCGUGACUACCUAUCAGAAAAGAAUGGUGAUCGCUAAAGAGUAAGUUAUAUUAGGAUUUAUUUCUUUAAAACACUGUGUGUUUUGGUAGUGUUUUCCAAGUUAAAAAUCGUCAAGUUUGAUAAUGAGGCUCUUUUCAGAAAAAUUGACCAGCCAGUCAUGGAAAAGAAAGAAAAGAAGAAGACAUUCGACGAAAUGUUAGAAGAAGAUGAUCCAAAACGUCUGAUCAACAAAGAGCUCAACAAGUUCGCCGACUCCACCCGCGAUGCCGAGGUUCUUUUUUUUCUCAAUUGGAUAAAAGCCGUUAAAUUUUGAAAUUGGAGUUUGACCACUGGAAGAGUCAGAAAAACACUUUUGAAAGUUUUUUUUUUCUCAUUUCAUAUUUACCAUUUCAGAAGAAAAUCGCCAGGUUCACAGAGGAGUAUAGGAAAACACUCGAAGAGAAAGAAUUCAAAGUGAGUUCACUUUUACGGAUUUCAUUUAAUAUUCGACUUUCAGGAAAGUCGAUAUUUAGCUUUGAAGAAAAUUCGUGAUGCUCACGCCCCAACGCGAGAACAAAUGGAAGAGGAAAUCGCGUUUUGGUCGGAAAUCAAUGUGAUAAACACUAUGAGUACUAAAACAAGGAAAAAAUCUUUCAGGACCAGGCAGCGGCACUUCUUACUGAGCGGUUGGACUGCGAUGUACCAUGUAUCUUUUAA